AUGACUUCCUCAUCUCAACCCAACACAACUCCAUCAACCCUUCUGGACGAGAAUGAUCCCGUAGUCUCCGUCCUCAGUGACGAAAAUACCGUCCGUGCUCUCAUUGAGGCUGCCGUCGCCCAUCAGCAACAAGAGGAAGCUGCUGCUGCUGCUGCUGCCGCUGUGGCCGCCGCCGCCGCUGCAGCCGUCAGCGGUGUGCAAACAGAUACGAUAAAGACGGUGACCGAUGCCACUGCGGCGAUGACCCAAGCAGUUCCCGCGGAUAUCAUCCAGCAGCUGAUCCCUUCGGCAAUCAGCAGCCCAGCGGCACUCUCUGCCUCGGUCUCUCCAGCACCGGUCGUCACCCACGUAGCCCUGUCGCCUGUUCCGUCUCCAUCACAGCAAGUCCCUGCUCCUAUCCCCGUUGCAUCAAAACCCUCGACCUCGACCACCGCCACUUCGACAUCGACUUCUGCAUCUUCCUCGUCGCCCUCGUCUUCUUCAUCCACCAGGACUCCCUUUGUCUCCACCAAACGCUUCAACCCGGAUGACAUUUUCUGUCUGGGCUGCUGUCGAAACCUCUCUGUCGAGCACUACACCUGCCCAACAACCAACCGAAUCUUCAAAUCCUGCAAUGCCUGCCGUCUCAAGUCUAGGGUGAACUCGAAAAAGGUCGUUAAGCCUCCCACCAUCCCUAACCGGCCGACAAUCUCCAUGGAAGAAUUUGGAGAGAAGCUCAAGGAACUUGAGAACACAGCAGAUAAGGCUUCAAGUCUGGAUGUUAUGAUUCGCUUGGGAGGGUCUGUUGAGAUGGACCCGGAGACACUGAAGAACCGAGGCGCAUUGAUUGCCGCUCAGGUCUAUGAGUCCACUGGCUACUGGUUCUCCCACUCGAGGACAAAUGACGAAACACAGGCCAAAACCCGGCUCAAGAUUUACGGAUGCUCGCAGCGAGAGGAUCGACGUGCGCCACCGGCACCCAAGACUCAGAGCAGGAAGCGCAACCGACCUUCGACCAAGGCUUACUUUCCUUGCAAGGGGAACCUCACGAUGACCUUUUACCAAAAUGUCGACCAUGUUCGAGUUGUCUACAACCACAAGAAGCAUGAAAAGUACGACAACCGCAAGUGUCCCGACCAUGUCCGUGUUUACGUCAAAGAGAACUUGUCGCUUGCCCCCCGGACGCUGUACGACAACCUCAAGGAGCAGAACCCGUCAUUGGGGAUCACACAGGCGCAAGUCCGUUACUGGAGCCACUAUUACAAAAAGAGCAUGGAUCAGGACGGAACUCUUGACAGCAGCAGGGGCGGUAGCGACGAUCCUGCCUCGCCGCUCACCCACGCCUUUGCUGGUAUCAAGGACGAUACCAUUGAGCAGGUCAUGAAGGAUGUGGCGUCUUCUCAUCAGCAACUGACCCAGCAACACCAACACCAACACCAGCCAACAGCGCAGGACCAUCUUGACAGUGACAGUGUCCAACAACUCCUCUUGGCAUCGAAUGCAGUCGCACUUCAGACCCAGGGCCUCGUCGGCGGAUCGAUUGCCAUCUCGGUGCCAAUGUCGGACAUGCCCUUGUCAUCCAGUAUUGUCCAGCGGGUCUUGGCAGAAGAUGGUGGCAAGGGACUGCUGGAGCUCCAGGCAAGCUUAAAUAGCGUGGCGGCAAGUGUCGCUGCCAGUGUCGGGUCCUCGGCUGUCGAUAACAGCGACGAGGUUGUUCAGCAGGUCUCGGCCUUGUUGAAGGAGAACGACCAGCAGCUCUUGGAGCAGCAGCAGAAGCAACUCCAGGAGCAACAGCAACAGCUUCAGGAGCAACACCAGCAGCACCAACAGCACCAGCAACAACACACUAGUUUCCAGUAA